AUGCCGGUCCUGGAGAGAGAAACACCUAAAGGCCGCAGAGACAGCAACGUCCUCCCAAAGGUUCCCGUACCAGACUUACACCAGACCCUGGAUACCUACCUUAGAUGUAUGAAACAUCUGGUGACGGAGGAGCAGUUCAGGAAGACCAAAUCCAUCGUGGAGAGGUUUGGUAAACAGGGAGGCACCGGAGAGCUGCUCCAAAAGCACCUACUGGAGAGGAGAGACAAGACGGAGAACUGGGUGUAUGACUUCUGGCUGGAGGACAUGUAUCUAAAUAACAGAUUAGCAUUGCCAGUAAACUCAAGCCCAGUUCUGGUCUUUCCAAAGCAACCUUUCAGAGAGCGCAAAGACUCCCUCAGAUUUGCAGCUCAUCUGAUUACAGGGGUUCUGGAAUAUAAAGAGAUGCUUGACACGCGGGCACUGCCGGUGGAUUAUGCACGAGGACAGCAGGCUGGCACUCCACUGUGUAUGGAGCAGUACUACAGGCUCUUUGCCGCCUGCCGUCGGCCAGGUCUGAAACAGGACUCAGUGGUCAUUCAGGGCAUUACCAGCACUGCCACUCCUGACCCUGGUCACAUUAUAGUGGCGUGUAAAAACCAGUUCUUUGUGCUGAAUAUGGUGGAGAAGAGCCAUAAGCUGAGUGAGACAAACAUCUUGGCCCAGUUGGAGAGGAUCUGUAAAAUGGCCGACAAUGCUGAGGAGAGGCUUCCUCCCAUUGGCUUGCUGACAUCAGGAGGAAGAACUGAGUGGGCUCAGGCCAGAGAUGUCCUAAUCAAAGAUCCGGUGAACAAAGACUCAUUGGACAUGAUUGAGCGCAGCCUGUGUCUGCUGUGUCUGGACGAGCCGACCAGUGUGGAACCCAAUGACACCAACAGAGCCCUCCUCAUGCUCCACGGGGGAGGACACCAUAAGAACGGGGCCAAUCGCUGGUACGAUAAACCCAUGCAGUUUGUCAUUGGUGCGGAUGGUGUAUGUGGGGUGGUUUGUGAACACUCCCCCUUUGAAGGAAUUGUUCUGGUGCAGUGCACUGAAUACCUGAUGAAAUACAUGACAGGGAGUCCAGCUAAACUGGCCAGAGCAGCCAGUGUGACUGAUCUUCCAGUGCCACGCAAACUGCAAUGGAAAUGUUCUCCAAUGAUCCAGGGCAUGCUGGCAUCUGCAGCGGACGACCUCCAAAAGCUUGUGCGAAACCUGGAUAUGGCUGUCUACACAUUUAAAGGAUAUGGAAAAGAAUUCAUCAAAAAAGCAAAGAUGAGCCCUGAUGCAUACAUACAGGUUGCACUCCAGCUGGCAUUUUACAGAUGCAACGGAAGGCUCGUGUCCACCUACGAGAGCGCCUCCACCAGACGUUUUCGUGAGGGUCGUGUAGACAACAUCCGCUCAGCCACCCCCGAAGCCCUGGCCUUUGUGAGAGCUAUGACGGAUGAGAAAACCUUUUGCCCGGAUACAGUGAAGAUGGAGAAACUACAGGAUGCUAUAAGGGCUCAGACAGAGUAUACAGUCAUGGCAAUCACAGGACUUGGGAUAGACAAUCACUUGCUUGGACUUCGAGAGAUCGCCAAGAGACUCAAAAUGGAGAUGCCAGAGAUAUUUACAGAUGACACCUAUCGGAUCAGUAAUCAGUUCAUCCUCUCCACCAGUCAGGUUCCCACCACAGUCGACAUGUUUUGUUGUUAUGGUCCGGUGGUUCCUAAUGGUUAUGGAGCCUGCUACAACCCUCAGUCAAACCACAUCAUCUUUGCUGUGUCCAGUUUCCGUGAGAGCACUGAAACCUCCUCAGCUGUGUUUGUUAAGGCCCUGGAACAGGGCCUGCUGGAUAUGAGGGACCUGUGCAAUAAGUGCAGUGCUGCUUCCAAACCUGGAGACCACAGCCAAGGAGCAGCCAAGCCACCCAAACAAGGAAAGUAA